GCAGCAGAAUCAAAUAUUCUUGCACAGAUAAAAGGAAUAGAUUACUGAAUAAUCAAAUUCAUCAUCAUGAGUCAUUGUACGGUACCAACAUGGAAUCCAAGACACCAAAGACAAGAACGAGUCGUAGAUACAGAAGAGGCUAACAAAUAUCCUCACGUGCAUAACCAGCAGAAUCAAAUCAAUCAUUUUUUGCCCAUGCCUAGUAAGUUUGAAGAAGUAGCAGAACUAACAUGGGAAAAGGGGCAAUUAGAAAUGCAUGGACUAGGGGGCAUCCUCUCCAUCUCACAAGCAAAACAGACACUGGGAAGAGCCGGCGAUACAUUAGAGUCCAUCGUGCAUCAAGCUACACACCACGGGCAAAAUCAGGAUUCACUUCAAAAUUAUGACCAAAAUGAUCAGGAUCUGAAAUUCAGGAUGUGUAGUGGAGGAAAAUGGGGUGAGAGUUCGCAACAUAUGGCCCCUCCUCGAGCAACAGUGUUGGCAAAAAAGAGGAUGAGACCAUCAGAAUCUGACCCCCAAUAUGGCGGAGCUGAAGAUCAUGGGUAUACAGAACGCAGCGCGUGUGCAAGUGCCAGCGCUACCUUCUGUAGAGAGAACGACACCACCAUGGUCACAUGGCCUUCCUUUGAUGAGUCUUCGCGUAGCAUCAAGUCCAAAACGGCUUGUGAUGAGGAUUCUGCUUGUCAUGGUGGUGGCUCGGAAAACAAGGAGGAAGAACAUGAAACAAAAAGGUCCAACUCAUCAAGACGCAGCCGAGCAGCAGCUGUUCAUAACCAGUCAGAGCGGAGACGUCGAGACAGAAUUAACCAAAGGAUGAAAGCUCUGCAGAGAUUGGUACCAAAUGCAAGUAAGACAGAUAAAGCAUCAAUGCUUGAUGAAGUCAUAGACUACUUAAAGCAGCUACAAGCACAAGUUCAGUUCAUGAGCAGUAGUGCAAGAAACCUGGCACCACAAAUGAUGAUGCCUCUUGGAAUGCAUCAACAUAUUCAGAUGUCAUUACUAGCACGAAUGGGCGUUGGAGUUGGUCUUGGCAUGGGCAUGGGAAUGUUUGACAUGACUGCUUUAGCUCGCGCUGCUGCUGCUGCUGCUGCCGCCACAACUACCCCUCAGUCUCUUACAACUCAUCCCCUCAUUCAUCCAAAUCAAAUGACAGCUCCCACUAAUAUCCCAUUCAUCCCACCAGGAGCUUUCGCCCUGCCUCCUGCCCCGGCUAAUAUUCCUUCCGCCACACAAGCAAAUACUGUCGUGAGGGCUACAACUGUUAGCCCUGCCGCCACCAGUACCACCACCAAUCCCUCCCCCUUUACUAACCCCUAUAGCGCGUAUCUACCUCAAUCGAUGGACAUGGAGUACUUCAACAACAUGGCAGCUUUGUAUCGACAGCAAUUAGCUAAUCAAUCUACGCAGAUAACAGGCAGCAAGUUGAACCAGGGUGACCAAACAGAAUAGAAAUUGAAAGUUUUGUUAUUCCAUUAUAUUAUUUGUACUUAUUAUUGUUUGUAUCAAAGAAUUGCAAGGUUAUCGUCGAAUGUAUAUGAAUUAAUCUGUAGUUGUAUAAACGUUGGAUACUAUUUUAUAUUUAA